AUGGCUCCGGUUUUGGCUGUUGUGAAGCAUUCUCUGCGGAGCAUCGUCAGGACGGCUGCCAGUGUCGAGGCUGCCUCUCCCGAUGGUGCCUCGAGGCCGUCAGAUGGCCCUCUCAGCGAGGCAGGCCGCGUGUUUGCCCGGGACGGCAAGGAGACGUCGAAUCCCUCACACGGAGUGUUGGACCCUCACGACAUCAACAACGUCGGGUUUUUCGUGCUCUUCGCGCUGAUUGGCGUGGCGUUUGUGGUGACGGGGAUAUGGUUCUUCUUCUGGGCCAAGAAUGGCGGGAUCCAUUUCAAGGAGAACGACUGGGAGGAGUACAAGUCGACGGUGCUGAGGCGCAAGGGGCCCAACGGCACGGUGCUGUCGGGGGCGACCAAGACGACGAAGCUGGGGGGCGGCAGCGUGUACAAGGACGUGGCCGACGACGACGGCACGACGGUGGUGACGGAGAGCACGGGGCUGAGCGGCGUGACGGCCGGGGCGAGCGACAUCGCGGCGCGGGAGAAGCGCAAGGCCAAGCAGGACGCGAGGGAGCGCGAGCGGCGCAAGAGGCGCGGCGAGAAGCGCAGCGGCAAGCGGCACGUGGGCGAGGACGGCGUGACGGACGAGAUGGCGGAGAAGGCGGCGCAGAAGGAGCUGCGCAGCUAUCGUCACGAGAAGGCGGCGCGCGUCGGCGGGCUGAACAAGGAGUCGGACGGGUCGCAGUGGGACGGGUCGACCAACCCUUCGGACUCGACCGUGUCGUCGGAGCUGCUGUCCGGGCGCCAGGAGACGCCGACCAAGAAGCCGGCGCCCAUCCGCAAGGUGUACUCGACGGCGGACCGGAACGCGGCGCGCGAGUCUGAGCGGAUUCGCUCCGAGGCCCGGCGGCUGCGGGAGGAGAGCCGGGUCUCGCGCCGCGACUUUAGCUACAACCGGCCCGGGGCGGCGGAGAGCAAUGCCAGCGAGAGCCUGCUGGAGGGGAGCGACCUGGGCAACAAGACGUACUACCACCCCAUGCCGGAGUUGAGGGCGCUGAGGGAGCAGCAGCGCGAGGAGAGGAGGGCGCGGCGUGGCGGGUAUCGACGGGGGCGGACUGAGGACGACGACUUGUAA